AUGGGUCAAUUAUGCAUGGCGAUGACGGCGUCGUCGAGAGACAAGGAGGAGCACAAAACACAUGAGAUGAAAGGCGAUCGUCCGGUAACCUGCUUCACUGGCCAUGCGACUCGGAGUACAGCGGUCCAAUGCGCCUACAUGAUGCCCACCUUGACGCGCUUGAUUGAGAAGAAGCCGACCCUCAAGAUUCUGGAUGUUGGAUGUGGCGCAGGCGCGAUUACCGUCGAUCUUGCACUGGAAGCUCCUGAAGGCCAAGUCGUUGGAAUUGAUUUGUCCGGGGCAGUUUUGGAGACURCAAAAGUGCACGCGCUAUACCACGGCGUGGAAAGUGUUACUUUUCUCCAGGGCGAUGUCCAUAAGCUUCCUUUCGCGAAUGGGACUUUUGAUCUGGUGCAUACCCAUCAAUCUAUGGCUCACUUCACAGACCACAAAGCUGCCAUCAAGGAGUUGCUCCGUGUCACAAGGAAGGGCGGCGUUGUGUGUAUGCGGGAGGGCGAUCUCAACACGGGAAAGUUUUGCUCGGAUGCGCCAUUGCUUGAGGAGUGCUUCAAGCUUAUCAUGGCAGUACAGAGAUUGAAUGGGGGUGAUACGGAUGCUGGCUCGAAACUCGUGGAGUGGAUGGUUGAGGCUGGGGUGCCGGCACGCAGCAUCACGGUCACUCAAAGUUCAUGCAGUUAUGAUACGCCCGAGGAGCGAAGGGACUAUGGAGGUCACUGGCCGGCGCGAUGUACUUAUGGGGUAUUUGCGGAUCUUGCAAUGAAGCUGGGUACCACGAGGGAGAGAUUGGACGAAUACGCGCUCGCUUGGAGGCAUUGGAUUGUCGGAGCUUAUGGCCCAUUUACAAUGAAUCAUAAUGAAGUCAUAGUCAGGCUUUGA